AGCAGCUGGAGAGAAGGGAUAGAGCCCAGCAGAGGGAGGAGAGGCAGGCUGACACUGCCAUAAAGGCAGGGAGAGGGGAGGGGAGAGCAGCAGGAGAGGGCUGAGGAGAGGCAGAAAUCACAGCUGAGCAGGAGCUGGGGCUUGGCUUCAGGUUAUCCAAAGGAAGACCAAUUAUGGCUAUCUUACCCCUUACCCCACUUUGUCUCUCCACUAUCUGUCUCUUCCUCUUCCUGGCUCAAGCCCUUGGCCAAAGUGAGUCCGAUCUCCUGGUCUCCACGCGUUCUGGUAAAGUGCUUGGUGUGCGACUUCCUGUGCUCUCAGGUCAUGUCAGUGCGUUCCUGGGCAUUCCCUUCGGUGAGCCCCCUUUGGGCAAAUUACGUUUCAGACAAGCAGAGCCCAAGAAGCCAUGGGAUGAUGUGUGGGAUGCAACUGCCUACCCUAAGGCCUGCUACCAGUACUUUGAUACCUUGUAUCCUGGCUUUCCUGGCAUGGAAAUGUGGAAUCCUAACAGGCCUAUGAGUGAAGACUGCCUGUAUCUUAACAUAUGGGUGCCCCAUCCACGUCCCUCCAACGCAACCGUUAUGGUUUGGAUAUAUGGAGGUGGCUUCUAUAGUGGAUCCUCCUCAUUGGAUGUCUAUGAUGGACGCUUUCUGAGCCAUAUUGAAAAUGUUCUUGUAGUCUCCAUGAACUACCGAGUUGGAGCCUUUGGCUUUCUUACUCUGACACCUGGCAGUGCAGAUGCUCCAGGGAAUGUGGGUCUGUUUGACCAGCGCCUAGCAUUGCAGUGGAUUCAAGAUAACAUAGCGUUCUUUGGUGGAGAUCCCAGGACAGUCACCAUUUUUGGAGAAAGUGCUGGUGGUGCUUCGGUGGGAAUGCAUUUCCUUUCCCCUGGUAGCCAUCAUCUUUUUUCCAGGGCUAUACUCGAAAGCGGCUCCCCGAACUCACCUUGGGCAACAGUAACUCCACAGGAGGCUCGACGACGCGCUGAGCUGUUGGGAAAACUGUUGGAUUGUAGAAUGGGGAAUGAUACUGAACUGUUAAAUUGUCUAAGAGCAAAGGAACCACAGCAGUUAAUUGACCACGAGUUCUCUGUGUUGCCCUCUAGUAUCUUCCGCUUUUCCUUUGUUCCUGUGCCAGACGGAGACUUCUUUCCAGAACCACCUGAGACACUGCUGAAUAUGGGGAGGUUUAAGCCAUGUCCUUUAUUAGUAGGAGUAAAUCAGAAUGAGGGCUCUUACUUUCUACUCUAUGGGGCACCUGGUUUCAGCAAGAAUAAUGAGAGCCUGAUCACUAGAGAUGAGUUCUUGGGUGGGGUAAGGAUGAGUGUCCCACAUGCUAAUGAUAUAGCACUUGAGGCUGUGGUCAUGCAGUAUACAGACUGGGAAGACGAACAUGCUGGAGUUAAGAACAGGGAAGCCAUGGACAACUUGGUGGGAGACCACAAUGUCAUUUGCCCAAUGACCCACUUUGUAGGCAAAGUGUCCGAGUUUGGAAACCGUGUCUAUGCCUACUUCUUUGAUCACAGGGCAUCCAACCUUGUCUGGCCACAGUGGAUGGGAGUUCCACAUGGAUACGAGAUUGAGUUUGUCUUUGGAUUACCUCUCAACAGCAGUCUGAACUACACCCCAAAGGAAGAGCAGCUGAGCCGCAGAAUGAUGAGAUAUUGGGCCAACUUUGCACGAACAGGUGACCCUAAUGAAGGCAACGAAGCCCGUCAGCAACGCUGGCCUGUUUACACCGCAACAGAGCAGAAGUACAUAGCACUAAAUAACAAGCCCCUAAGGGACCUGCAGGGAAUCAGGGUCCAAACGUGCAUGUUCUGGAACCGUUUCCUUCCGAAACUUCUCAACAUCACAGAAACCAGGGAUGUCUGCUCAAACUGCUUGAGAAACAGCCCCUUUCUACCACUCCUUGCUCUCUGCGUGCUACUAUCACAGCACAAAACAUAACAAAACACAUCUGACUGGAUUCACGCUGCGCAAUCAACACAGCAAUCUCUGACAUAACUUUCCAUAAGCCUUUACCAUCUGUUCUCUAACACACUGUGACAUCGGACAUGUCCGGCCAAGUGCUUCUCCUGCUCUGUAUUCAUCUCGCUUCCUAAUCAUCCAUGUUUUUCUCAUUACGUUUCCAUACACUCAAUAAACUUUUCCUUUACUUUUG